AUGUGCGACGGGCCCAGCGGCUCCGCGGCAGACGGGGCCGCGAAGGAGGAGGGCGAGGACAUUGCAGCCCUCCCGGCCCAGCCGGGAGGGCACCCUUGGCGGUUGGGGAAGCCGGUUGUUCCCCUACGGCUCCGACCACGAGGGCGUCGACGUCGACGUCUUCGUCUCGGAGGUUUCGAGCGCUUUUGGAGGUUCUCGCUUCCGCAGCUGGAGCUGGAAGCGGCUCGGAAAACUGGACAGGAGCGGUUGGCGCAAAACCAGAUCGUGAUUGUGCACGGGCUUGCUGGUGCUCCGCAGCUGAACGGCCUCGCCGCGAGAGCCUUAAGGUUUGUGGAGGAGAAGGGGCGGUACAUUGUUCUAUUCCCCAGCGACGGGAGCCAGAAGCUGCUGCGACCCGACAACCUGCGGCCACUGGCGACCGACGAGGCCAAGGUGCAGGAGCUGCUGGGGCUGGCCUCGCGGGCGGCCGCCGCGCGGCUGCGGGAAUCUAUGGAGGGCGAGGAGCUCGGAUUCCCGGACCUGGAGGACUGCAGCCGUUGCCCUACGUUUCUUUGCUGGGCGACCCCGCCGUGCCCCAACUUGCAGUGCCCGGCGUGCCACGCCACGCAGUGCCCGCCGGCGGCGGGUUGCCCUGCUUGCGAGGCGGCGGGCGAGCGUUCGCAUUGCGAGGCGGGCGGGGCGGCGGGCUUCCUGCUGGGGCUCCUGCUCGGGCUGGCGGUGGUGAGUGCGGGCUGGUCAGCGGCGCUGUGCGUGAAGCAGGCGACGGUGCGGAGGCAGCCGCAGAGUUCGCUCGUGAACGAUGCCAGCGCUGGAGCUGGACGUGGCCUAGUUGAGGGCGAGCUCGUCAUCCAGACCCCGGACGGGGACGUCUACAUCGAGGACUUCCAGGCGUUUCGGAGCUCGGACAUCGCGGAGAUCGCGUGGGAGACGGAGGCGGGGCGGACGCCGACUGAAGUUGGAGACGACGGGACCUGCGUCUUCGGGGCGUUCCCACGCGGGAGGACGCCCGAGGAGCGCGCCGCUCUUCGGGCGCUUCCGCCUGCGAGCUCCGACGCCCGCGCGCCGAGCGUUCAGUUCAACGGGCAGGGGGUCAGGCAGCGUUUGCGGCGCGACGCGGUGCUCAGGAUCCAGGAGGUGGACGUCAAGGACUGGCCCAUGCCCUGGCCGCGCACAGGAAGUGCUUUGGCGCGCGCAGUUCGUGGAUCGGCGGGGAGGGGUCCCAUGGGCCACCGCCGCUGGUGGGCGUCGCAUCUCAAGCUGACGCCGGCGGACUUCGGCGCGCAGGAGCACGAGCGCGGGAUGCGGGCUUUCCAGUUCUUCAGGGAGUACGACCAGGUGGACUUCCCGAACUUGGGGGGCUGGAGGCGAUCCUGCGACGCUGCCAGGAUGGCGCGUCACAAGCCAGGGCCAGAGGACGACCCCACCCUGCUGGCCAUGAGGGGGAGCGCGGUGAGCAUCGUGCCCGCGCGGUUUUUGCUGCUCAGCGUGACGCGCUGCCCCUGGGAGCGCCUGGUCGCGAGUCCCGCGGCGGUAGCCUGCCCUUGCUGUCGCGGUCAGUCCGACGGCGCGUGGAGGCGAGGGGGCACCGCUCAAGCUGGGAGUCCGGCGCGGCUCGGGCGCCCCUUGAGCUCGGGGGCUAUGCCGGCGCAGACGCCGGGGAGACCUCGCCAGAGCAAGUCAGACCUCCUGUGCAAUCUCGGUGAGUCGCACGUUCGGACGUGCAUCUCGCAGCGCGGGGAGCCCCGCGCUGGCCCCGCGGAUGCGAGCGAGCUCGAGCGCAGAGGCCUUUGCUCGCGCCCCGUGGAGGCCGGGCCUGGAGGCGGGGCCCUCGGCUUGAUGUUCUCGAGCGACCGCCCGACGGUGAAGGGAAACAGCCAGAUGGGCGUGCGGGCCUCGGACCUGAUCUGCUUCUGCUCGAGGGACCUGUUCGCUCCUGUUUGCACCCGCGCGUUGGCAACUGACGCUCCUGAGUGGGGUCUCGGGGCGAUGGAGACUGAAGGCCUCGAGGCCGACGUCGAGCGCGCCGCGAGCUUUUCGGGGCGCGGAGGUUCAAGAAGGGCGGCGAGGGGUCCCGCGAGCAGGCCCGGGGGGCGGAUCGAGGAUAUGCAGACCACGGGGGAGGAGGUGAAGGAGGUGAAGAUGACGCAGGAGGUGGGCGGGCGUGUGUGCCUGGAGCGAGGCGUGGACCUCGCUGCUCGUUCGUUGAUCGAUGGGCCCUGGAAGGUGGCGAAGUCUCAAGGAGUCCCAGGAGGCGGAGCUGGCCGCGCCGCCGCGCGGGCCGACAGUCACAAGCAGCAGUUCGCCCCCGGCGAGUGCCGGCAAGGCUCGGCUGCGCAGAGAGGGCCCGAGACGGCGCACCUGAGCUACCUGCAGGCGGCGAGCGCGCGCCCAGGGGCCCGGCAGCUGUAUCUGGCGAGCUGGAGGAUGUUCGUGGAGUGGGCGAAGGACCACCGCCCCCCCCUCACCUCCGAGUGCCAGGUGGGGAACGCGAAGUACUUCGAGGCUCUGCGAGGCUGGAGUCUGAAGUGCCGUGGCAUGUCGAGGCUGCCGACGCCCUGGGAGGUAGUGCGCCUCCACUGCGACUGGCUCGUGGGCGAAGGCUACUGGAGUAUGGCUGCAGCUGUCCUGAUGUGCGCGGUUUUCUACUUGACACCGAGCGAGGCACUGGGGCUUCUGAGGUGCCAGCUGGCCCCGCCCCUGACCUUCGGGGGCCAGCGCCGCUCCAGGUGGACUGCGAUCCUUCGCCCGAUGGAGCUGGGGCAGCCGUCGAAGGUGAACAAGUGGGGCGAUUCUCGGCCUCUCGACCUGCAUGGAAGGCUGACGGAGCAGUUGCACUACCUGCCGCGCGGCGUGCAGCUUGCUGCGGGCAGCUGCGCCUCCGAGAUUGGCGCCAUCAUGAACAGGGCAGCUGUGUUUGUGGUCGCGCUCGUGGCCGCGCUGGCGUUCGUGUUCGACAUCGCGCCCGUGGGUGCGCUGGCGGCCGUGAUGCUGGUCAUGGUGGUCGUCGUGCUGGUGGCGGUUGCGCUGGUGGUCGCGCGCGCGGCCGUGCCGGAAGUCAGGGCCGGGGCGGGGGGCGCAGGGCGCGUUCCGGCGGCCUGA